AUGGCAACAGCCGCUGCGCCGACGGAACAGGCCACGGCCGGAGACCUCCCGCCCAUCCAAAACCCCGCUGAGGACUCGGCCGACGAGGACGACGCCCCCAAGUCGGCGGGCAAGAAGAAGAAGAAGAAGCCCAAGAAGAAGAAGACCAAGGCCAUCCCACCCGAGACUGUCCCCGUCAUCAAUGAGACCCCCGACGAAACCGCCGCUUGGGAAACGCAACUCGCGAAAGGCGCCAAGACGUACUCCCUUCCCCCGUGGAUUCUGAAUGAGAGAGAACGCCCAAAGCUCGAUAUCCUGCGUACGCCGGCAUGUGCAGGCUUUACGCUGCGUACACCGCGCCUCAUACUUCGUCAGGUUGCGGUUGGGGAUACGACGGCGAUCCGUCGGAUCAAGAUGGAGCCUGUGGUGCAGCGGACGCAGUUAUACGGCUCCCCCACAGCCAGCGACAUCCGGGACUCGUUCCAGCGCCGCUACGUCGCCUCCUCCAUACCCGCGCUCGACCGUUCCGGCGCGUGGCGCGACGAAUGGGUCUUCGCCAUAACUGCCAAAGACGCUCCCUCGCUCAAACUCUCCGCUGGCUCAAACCUCCGCGUCUCAAACAGGAUAAAGGACGCCCAAGGUUAUCUCGGCAACUUUGCCCUUUCCCUCUCCACCCACCCUCACGGACAACCCCUCCGUCCAACGCGUGGCCAAGUAUAUAGCCAGCCCACUUUCCAACAGACGGCGGAGAGUGGGCUGGAGGGAAAGUUGUUCUACGAACUCCACCCGCAACUCUGGGGCCAGGGACUCGCAUCAGAAGCGUUUGGCGAGGUAUUGCGUUUCGCAUUUGAAGAGGUUGGAUGCGUGAGAGUGAGCGCCGAUCCUACUACGAGUGCCGAGGCGAGUAUUGCCCUGUGUAACAAGUUUGGCAUGCGGUUUACGAGAGAGGUCGCGAACCAUUAUGGGAAACCACAGAUGUUCCAUGAGAUUACCAGGGGAGAGUGGUUCAAAUUGAACCGCGGGCUUGAGGGGAGCGCGGCGAGUGCUGGCACCGAGGACGUCAAGAAGGACGAGAACGGUCACGCUCACGACCACGGCCACAACCAUGGGCACGAACACGAGCAUGGUGACGACUGCGCCCACGACCAUGAUCAUGACCACACCCAUGGCCAUGGCCAUGACCACGACCACGACCAUUCCCACGGCCACGGAUGCGACCACGACCAUCCCCCGCCCCUUCCCUCCUCGGCAGUUGUCGAUGUCGGCCCUGGUCCCUGGGCCGGCAAAAAGGUGUGUCGCUGGUGCACCGACUUCCGGACACGGCCGGUCAUCACCUGCAAGUGCGGCUGGGCAAAGUACUGCUCGCGUGAGUGCCAACGCGCCGACUGGGUGUACCGCGGCGGCCAUCAGGCCGAGUGUGAUGCCAAGUAG